UUCGGAGAACUGGACCUGAAAUCCGAAGAAGAAACUACCUCUAGCUGCUGAAGCUAGCUGGCUAGCGACCAAGAUGGAGUACCCGAGUAGCUGCUUUAUUUUUAUCGGGGUGUUCUCGUUUUUUAAGAAGAGGGUAUGACACCCGGGUUCGUCAAAACAUUCGGGCUUCGGGACACCUGGGCGAAAAGAGUUCGUUUGUGGAGUUCGACGAGCGACGAGGGGGCAGUCGGUGUUAGCUAGGUUAACCCGCUGUAACGUUAGCUAGCGCUCGGCUUUGACUGCUGCCGGGGUCUCUUAUAUAAAAACAACUAGCGAUCAGCUGCGGUUCACUUGAGGGCUUAUGGGUCUGUAGCUAACACAUAUCAGAUGUAUCCUCGACUUCCACGUACUGUAAACUAUUUUAAAACCUAAACUUGGCCUUUGUUGGGUUUAUAUUGUAUCUUUAGGACGAGUUGGUGCGACCAAAUGGAAAUUGAGCUUCUUACUUGCUAAGCAUGGAGGACUUUACCCACCGGCUCUCGACCACACAUAAAGAUACUGUAGAGUCGUUUUCGUGUUGCGAUGUUAUCUGGAAAGUUUCAAUUUGUAGCAGAAAGACGUUAUCAGACCGCCUCCCUGCUGUAAAGGGGGCGAGAGAGGACUGACCAGCGGGACGCUUUGUAAAUAACACCGAGCUGCUGCCUCCAGGAAGCUAGAGCCGCUGUUUGCGGGGGAACCACGUCCCUUGCUGGCGAUAUUGGUGGAGAAGCCAUAUAUAGUUGACUGUUUGUGUUUCUUUAACGCGGAUCGGCAACGUCCUGUUUUAUUGGGGUUGAGGUCGUAUGACUUGGACUGAGUCCUAACCUACCAAUGGCCAGCAGUGAGAGUCGGACACACUCGGAGGUUUGGUUUGACAGCAAGACGUUAAAUGAUAGUUAUCCUAAUUUUGAGAGAUGAUUUGUAACCGGCGUGGAGAGUUAGGUCUGCUUUUGCCGGACUACCAGUGAACCCUUUCGCCGUCUAAGUAUCUGCUUUUGCAUUUGGGAGAAGAAGAUGGAGACGGGAGUGAGGUCUCACCAGGGCGAGCUGUUCGUCCACCCGCUCUCCAACCCUGGAGCUGCGGGCAUCUGCCCCGAAAUGCUGGAGGUGGCAGAGGAGGCCAGCCGGGCUGGGGACUUUAACCUGGCCGUGGAGAUCUACAGCUCCCAGCUCGCAGACCUCCAGCAGCCGGACAGGGGCUUGUGCCUCAGGAAGGCCGACUCUUUGGCCCGCGCCGGGCGGAUAUCUGAGGCGCUGGACUCGUACUGCAUAGCGGCCAGCCUGAGUAAACUGCGCCCGGAGGAGCUUCCCCUCCUGGUGGAAACCAUUGCCCGGACUCUCCGUGAUAAAGAGCUGGGCUUCCCCGGGGCUUUAAACGGGCACGGUAAAAGCAGUGGCGGGGAAGAUGGGAUUGAAAGUGAUGGGGAGUGUGGAGAGGACGAAGCACUGGACUUGUUCUCCUGUCGCCUCUGCAAGUGUCUGCUCUAUGAGCCCACGACCGUGGAGUGCGGGCACACUUUCUGCAAACGCUGCUUAGAGGACGACUCUGUCAAAGACUGUAUUCAGUGCAAACAAAAGUUGAACAAAAAAGACGGACUGCCACACGGCCGGAGAUUAAACGUUGUUCUCAGCGGCCUGCUGGAUAAACUGUUCGCAACUGAGACUAAAGCUAGGAAAUUGUGGAUCGAAGGAGAGCUUUUGUGGAAAACUCCGAACCUCAGUGAUGCCUUGGAGAAGUACAGUGCUGCAGUGGAUCUAGUGCCCUCUUCAGGCAGACUGCUGUGUCAGCGGGCUGAGUUGCACAUGGAGAUGAGGAACUUCAGUCAGGCAGUGCAGGACACCAACAGCCUCUGUAGGAUGAAACCGCUCUGGCCAAAGGCUCACUGUCUGAAAGCCACGGCGCUGAGUAAAGCAGGCCGGAAUGACGAGGCCUUGCAGGAAUACUUAAUGUGUUUGGCGUUAAAGCCUGACUGGACCAAAGUAAAACUGGAGGCUCAGAAGGUCCUUAGCGAGCUGUUCUCCUCUGUGUUUGAGAACGAGGACCUUCCAACGCCGCUGCACCCACUGCAGGGGGGGUUGACCACCCGCCUCAUCAAACCCCCAGCCUUGCUCAGGUCUCUGAGGCCACUCACGCAGAGGCCUGGCUCCUCCUCACAGGACUCAGAGUUCAGUGUGACUAAAAGCGCUCCAGUGGAUGACUCGUCCUCCAGACUGUCUGCUCCGUGUCCCAGUAAAUCGGACCCCGCUGCAGGGGAGGACAACAUUAAGAGCCUUGCUGGCGUUCUGGCUAUGCUGCCGGCACCCCCUGGUGGCAUCAAGAGGAAACACAGUGGAGAUGGACCCUCAGCAAUCUUCAAGCCUCCCUCCAAACAGCUCAGACCUGAUGAGGCGAGCAGCCUUCAGACGGCUACAGUGUGUGGAGGGAGGGUGGUUCCUGCUGAGCUGCUGGACAGUGGAGACAUGGAGUGUUCACUCUGCAUGAGAUUGUUCUAUGAGCCGGUGGCCACUCCCUGUGGUCACACCUUCUGCCUCAAAUGUCUGGAGCGCUGCCUGGACCACAACUCCAACUGCCCUCUGUGCAAGGAAAAUCUGUCUGAGUAUCUGGCCACCAGGGGCUACAACAAGACCCUGCUGAUGGAAGAAGUGCUGCAGCGUUACCUAGGAGACGAGCUGGCUGAGAGAAAGAAAAUCCACGAAGAGGAAAUGAAGGAGCUGUCCAACCUGAACCAGGAAGUACCCAUCUUUGUGUGCACCAUGGCUUUCCCCACCAUCCCCUGCCCACUGCAUGUGUUUGAGCCGCGCUACCGCCUCAUGAUCCGCCGCUCCAUGGAGACGGGCACUAAGCAGUUUGGCAUGUGCAUAGCCGAUGAGCUCAAAGGAUUUGCCGACUACGGCUGCAUGCUGCAGGUGCGGGAUGUGAAGUUUUUUCCUGACGGUCGUUCAGUGGUCGACACCAUUGGUGUGUCGCGGUUCAAGGUCCUCACCCAUGGCCAAAGAGACGGCUACAACACCGCCAAGAUAGAGUACCUGGAAGACAAGAAGGUGGAGGCGGAGGAGCUGGUGGAGCUUCUGAAGCUGCACGACUCCGUGUACGAGCAGGCCAACAGCUGGUUCACCUCCCUGAAAGACAACAUGAAGAGCCAGAUCCUCAGUCACUUCGGACACCUUCCCAGCAAAGACCCCGACCCACAGGCCAGUCCCAGUGGUCCGGCCUGGUGCUGGUGGCUGCUUGCUGUCCUUCCAUUGGAGAAUCGAGCCCAGCUCACCAUCCUGGCCAUGACCUCCCUCAAGGACCGCCUCAUUGCCAUCCGCAGGGUCCUCAUCUUUGUUACACGCAAGAGGCCGCGGUGAUUGCCCAGCCGCUCGGGGCAGACACCGCUCGGACUUCUAUGCAGUUCAGCAAUUCAUUCAUUCAUUUAUUUGGUCAUUCAUUUGGUCACUUAUUGACUGAUUCAUUGACUCAUGUAUACAUGUGUUCAAUCAUCCUUUUACUUGCCCACUCUUACAUCAGUUCAUUCUCUCAGAAGCUCAUGAACUCCUUCCUGUGUCAUGCAGCCUGUCUGAGCACAUGCGUCAGGUCUGUUGAGAGCGUCAGGUGGGCCGGGGUGCUGACAUGACGGUAAUCCUGGUUUCUCGUCUCUCUGUCCGUGUGUCCAGCCACCCACCUCCACCUGCAUCUUGGAUAAAUUGAGCUACAACACAUCUCUGAACGAGUGACCUCUCACCUGGUGUUCUCUCUUGAGGCAGAGGUAAAAGCAGUCAGGCCAGCUGUUUCACUUCCGUUUAGGCCACCUCUGGGUAAUUAGCCCGACACUCUGUUAUGAAGGAACAAAAAAAAAAAACAUGUUAUCACAAGAGCAGUGUGAGCAAGAGGAAUGAAUCUUUUCCUACAUAUACUAAGCAGUAUUUUCACACAAACUGAAACAAAAGUUGGCCCGCCACAGAGCCGCCUGCCCCCUCGCAUCCACAACUGUGAACAUUCGUACAAGUGCAGUCAAAACAAAAACUCACUCACUGAAAUAUGAAGCAAAAACAGAAACAACACAAAACUGAAUGUACUGGUCUGGCUGUAGUAUGUGGAUGUGUUUCUCCCUUCUGCAUUUACAGAAUCCGUUCGGGGAGUUGCACAUGCAACAUCUGCUUCACCCUAAAUCUCACUGACUGAGCCAAAAUUCAUGUGCAGAAACCUGGAGCUUUCUAUCUGGUGCCCCACCCGGCGGUGGGCCCGUACCUCAGACUGUCGGAUAGAAAGCAAUGGGCGCCAUGAGAGUCAUUGCAGGGUGGAUAGGAUUGUGAUUAUGCUAACACUAAUAAAACCACAGACUACAAUGUGUGAGAACAAGUACAACUCUACAAAACAUGCUCCACUCGUCAUGAAAGAAGAUUUCAGUUCAAAUCUAAGUCGGGCAAUCGCACAAGUUCUAGUUGCAUUUUGGAAAAAUGCAAAUACAAAUGCAUCCUCCCAGACACAGCUGAUCUGGAACUUUAUGUCCUAUUGUAGCAUAUCUCUGGGACUUGAUACAGACGUAGUAAUUGGGGUUGAUUGUGUAUUUUCUUUUAGGUUUUUUUGUUUUUGUUUCACUCUCUCUGCUAUGCCCUUAAGUGUAUGUGUAUGGUGAUAUUUUAAGUUGGGUGAUUUAUAUGUAUAUCAAUGUAACUUGGAGGCCUUUGUAAUGAUUUAUUUAAGGAACAUUUUACCCUCUCUCUCUCUCUGUUUCUCAGUACAUUUACAUGCACUGUAAUGCAAAUGCAGUGCUUUAAGUUGUCCCUAUUGUUUAAUUUUCUAAACAAACAAUCUAUGUUUAUAGUCAGCGUUUCUCAAUAAAACACAUUGUGUGUAUCCUGACUUGUUGAAUAGUUUUAUUAGCAAAGAGAUUUUUGUAUAUUUUUGAACUUGCAUUGUUUCAUCUUUCCUCCCUGUCUUUACUGGCACAAUGCCGUGUCUCUUGGCGCUCAUUGUCACCAAAAAGCUCCAUAGCUCUACUUGUAAAAAAAAAUCCACAUGAUGCUUGAAAGAAGAUGAUGUUGCACAAUAAUAACCCAACUCUUCCUGAUAGUUGAAUUAAAGGUCCCAUGUGGAAUUUCUGACCACUAGUAGUGCUGUAGAACAAUGGUUUCACGAGUGGGUCCCUGUCUUGUUUGUAUCCCGUGCAAGAGCAUGCAGGUGUCCCAAUAUGGGUUCCUGCUGGCGGUUUCAAGCUGUCCCACUGAAAACAGCUGGUUGUUUGAACAAAAGAGACGUAGCGAUGUGCCAGCAAAUUGCAGGGAAGAAGAUGAUGAACAAUGGAGGUUUCAAAAUAUUCCAAACAUACGCUUUGCGACUGUUUUUAGUUCAUUUUCAAUUUGUUUUGGGGAGAAACACUGAAUGUAAACCUACCUGCUUUUCAUUUACAAUAAAACUCAACAGCGUGUGUUAAAAGGAAGGAAGAAUGAAUGGUGAAGGUGUCGAUGGCUUAAAUUGAGCUUUGCAAGAUAUGAAAUGUCACGUAUUUCCAAGCCCAGAGUAAGUCCAAAGAGUGAAGAGCAGUCAGACAAAUUAUGCUUAACUUUAAGCUGGUCGAGCUGCUUUAAGAGGACAGCCAUGGUUGUAACUGCAUUCUUAUAGUGCGUGUAAAUGCACUGUUCUCUGUAUAAUUCUGUCCUUCCAAAUGACUCCACUGCAGUUACUCGCUCCCUGUACAGGGGAGGGGUUCACAACGUGCUGCAUUUCCCUGGUAUAUUUGUAAAGGGAGCUCUUAUACCUAUUUUUUAUUGCAAAUAAAGAAAAACACAUUCA